AUGAUAGGUUUAAAGAAAGUUGAUGAUACAUGGAUUGAAUGUAAGUUUGUGGAGAGUCAUAAUCAUAAGCUUCUUACCCCUAAGAGUAUAAGUUUGCUUCGUGGGCAUAGAGUGAUAACAAGUGCCCAAAAGAAUCUUAUAGAUACACUCAAAGAGUCAGGUAUAGCCCCAAGCAAGAUAAUGUCUGUGUUAAGUAAAGAAUCUGGUGGUGAUUAUAAUGUUGGAUGUAAUUGCUUUUGGGCAGAUGCUAGGUCAAGAAUGGCAUACCAAUAUUUUGGAGAUGUCGUUACCUUUGACACUACAUACCAAACAAAACGUUAUAAGAUGUCUUUUGUUCCUUUCACUGGAGUUAACCACCAUCAUCAAUCUGUGAUGUUUGGACGUGCUUUACUUGUCAAUGAAACAACAAAAUCUUAUACAUGGUUAUUGAAGACUUGGCUUAAUGCAAUGCCUGGAAAUCCUCCUUCUACAAUUAUAACAAAUGAUGACAAUACUAUAGCUAAGGCAAUUGCAGAUGUAUUGCCAAAUGCAACUCAUAGAUUGUGUAUGUGGCAUCUUUUACAGAAAGUUCUAGAAUAG